AUGGCGGCUCCAGAAAUAGUGGAGGUGGAGCCGGAAGCCAACAUCAGAGGCGCUGAGAUAGUCACCAUGGGAGAAAACGAUCCUCCGGCAGCCGAAGCCCCCUUCUCCUUCCGAUCACUCUUUGGCUUGGAUGAUUUGAAAAUAAGUCCUGUGGCACCAGAUGCAGACGCAGUGGCUGCGCAGAUCUUGUCCCUGCUGCCCUUGAAGUUUUUUCCGAUCAUCGUCAUUGGGAUCAUUGCCUUGAUACUGGCGCUGGCCAUCGGCCUGGGCAUCCACUUCGACUGCUCUGGGAAGUACAGGUGCCAUUCAUCUUUCAAGUGCAUUGAACUGACAGCUCGAUGCGAUGGGGUCUCUGACUGCAAGGAUGGGGAGGAUGAGUAUCGAUGUGUACGAGUGAGUGGCCAAAGAGCAGCGCUCCAGGUGUUCACGGCCGCUGCUUGGAGGACCAUGUGCUCCGAUGACUGGAAAAGCCACUACGCCAAGGUUGCCUGUGCCCAGCUGGGGUUUCCCAGCUAUGUAAGCUCAGACCACCUCAGAGUGGAUGCGCUUGAGGAGCAGUUCCAGGGCGACUUCGUGUCCAUCAAUCACCUCUUGCCGGAUGACAAGGUGACCACGCUGCACCACUCUGUGUACAUGAGGGAAGGCUGUGCCUCAGGCCAUGUGGUCACCUUGAAGUGCUUGGCCUGUGGCCUGAGACCUGGCUACAGCUUCCGCAUUGUGGGUGGAAACAUGUCCUCUCUCGCCCAGUGGCCCUGGCAGGUCAGCCUCCAGUUCCAGGGUUACCACCUAUGUGGGGGCUCCGUCAUCACCCCUCUGUGGAUCGUCACCGCUGCACACUGUGUUUACGACCUAUACCACCCCAAGUCCUGGACUGUCCAGGUGGGUCUUGUGUCCCUAAUGGACAGUCCUGUGCCCUCCCAUCUGGUGGAGAAAAUCAUCUACCACAGCAAGUACAAGCCAAAGCGGCUAGGCAAUGACAUCGCCCUCAUGAAGCUGGCAGAGCCACUCUCCUUCGACGGGACCAUCCAGCCUGUCUGUCUGCCCAACUCUGAAGAGAACUUUCCUGAUGGGAAACUGUGCUGGACAUCAGGAUGGGGGGCCACAGAGGAUGGAGGCGACGCCUCCCCAGUCCUGAACCACGCGGCUGUCCCUUUAAUUUCAAACAAGAUCUGCAACCACAGGGAUGUAUACGGUGGCAUCAUCUCCCCAUCCAUGCUUUGUGCAGGCUAUCUGAAGGGUGGUGUGGACAGCUGCCAGGGAGACAGUGGUGGGCCCCUGGUGUGCCAGGAGAGGAGACUGUGGAAGUUGGUGGGUGCAACAAGCUUUGGAAUCGGCUGCGCUGAGGUGAACAAGCCUGGAGUCUAUACCCGAGUCACCUCCUUCCUGGAUUGGAUUCAUGAGCAGUUGGAGAGAGACCUGAAGACUUGA